UAGUUUGGACCAAAGUCUGUAAAGCCCUGGUCAAACGCAUCUAGCAUUUCACCUAACAUGCAGAAAAUCAAUUUUGGACGAAUUGUUGGAUGCGUUUACAAUUCUGAUCUGAACUGAACUGAACUGACUGACUUUAUACGAAUUAAGAUACUUAUAUACAGAAAUCAAAUUGCUGACUAAGUAUUAAUUAGGAUGUUGUAAUGAUGAUGCAAUGGAAAAGGAAAGAUCUAGACUUUUGAAGAAGUAAGCAUUAAAUAGAUGUGUGAACGUUUGUACAAUGGUGAAGGGAAUGCGAUGUGGUAGGUGAUGCCGUGAAUGACGUAAGUGGAUGUCAUGGUGAUGGCAUGAUCGAUUAGAAGUAGGAAUAUGGCCUAUUUUACAAUAUUAAAAUCACUACAAGCAACUAUUCUCAAAGUUAUCGAAUUAAAAUGGAAAUUAAAAGCAAAGAACAGAAUUGAAUAAUCUAAAAAUUCGUAGUUGAGAAAAGGGCGGUGGAUUAAGGCGAACGGAGCACUGACGUGGAGAGUGAGAGAAACAAUGUCAAUCUAGAUUUAGGCACAGGCCUAAAGGGAAGCGAGAGCUAUUAAAAGAAUAAUAUAAAAAACGCGAAACCAAGAAUUGGAUAAUGCAGGGGUCCGUCAAACGAAACUUUCAAGAAAAAGGACAGCCGAUGUUUUGACAUGUUGUUUUGGAAAUCAGCUAUCAUCAUUCACUUUCAUUUUACAUGCCUUUUCACCAUCUUUAAACCAGUGCUGUAAACAUGUCGUUGCGCAGGCGAUGCACGGUGAUGGAAAUGUUGGAUGAAAUGUUUGGCGAGAAAUAUCGACGAAUUUUCAAAACUUUACGGCGAAAAUGCUGAAUGCGUUUGACCGGGGCUUAAGUGUUGCCUUUCUUUGGAUUUGCCAUCCAAAGCUCGGUUGAAUUCUACCCUUUAUUGGUCUUUCUGGGAUGUAUAGUUGCUGAGAUAGCAUGUUUUGUGUUUGCAAAAUGACGGAAGUCGCCUGGUGGAAUUUUCGCAUUUUGGCCAGUAUUCCAUUUGGUCGGUAGGUCAGAAAGUCUUGCAUUUCUAAUUUUGUAAUGACACUGUGGAAGUUCAGCUUCUUAUACGAUGAAUGGAUUUGGCGUGAUUUUUGGAAACGUAAAAGGGCAACUUUUUACACAUAUUGCGACUUCUCGAGAUUAGCCCUACAUCAUGCAAUGAACUAGGAAGGAAUAUUCAAGAAAAUAUUCCUAUUCCUUUACCUGAUGAAGAGUUCUAUGCAAAACGAUGUAAUAUCUACCUACUCCAUGUAGACUGUUGAUUUUUAUGUUCUACUUUAUCAUGCCUUGAUUUAGUAUAUCGUUCAGCCAUUUAGACAUGGUGUUUGGAAUCAAAGCUUCAAAUCUACUAACUUUCCUAUAACUUAAUAUCUUUACUUCCUAUUCUUGACGUUUCCUUUACUUCCUAUUCUUGACAUGUGCACCAAGUAAGAAUCUAUAUACAGAACAAGCGUAUUAUCCAAUGACGGUGCGGUAUUUCAGUCAAGAGGAAAAUUGCAUGCGAUCACUUAUCAAGAGGUUGAGACACAUUGCUGGCUGUAAAACAUUCACGUGAUCACUUUGAAAUGUUGCAUAAUACACUUACCUCAACUUCUCGCUAUUUUAGAUCACCCUUUCUUCCUUUCCACAAUGUUGAAUUUCCUUGUGUCUUUAACACCAACAUUGACCUUAGCUGUUUGGAAAACUAUUCAAACUUUGUAUCUCAACCUUCAGGCCAACAGUUGUAAAAAUUUAUUUGAUGACGGUUUUGGCAUGGAUAACAGACUUUACAAAAACAGCAUACGUUAAGAUACAUGUAUACAAACAUUCCUCCUUAGUUUCAUUUUAGAUUUGUAUCCUUUUAAUAAGGAAUAUUUUGAAACCUAUCAUUACAGAAAUUGAUAUUGGUUUGUGAAUGACUUUUGCCAGCAGCUUUUUCUUCUAACGUUUAUCACUGGAUUACCUCAAAAGUGAAGUUUUGUGAUCGGGUUUGCAUUAUCGAACAGCGGGUAAUACGUGGUUGUGGUCUCCAUAAUAUUGAAUAAUUCGCUCUCAUAAAACCGCAGUACACGUGCAGAUGACCCGCGAGAUAAUGCACAUUUCUUCUCGAUAAUUGCUGUAGAUAUUCCCAAAUCAAGACUGUAUUUUUAAUCGGAAAAUUGGUGCAGCUAGUGAUGACUGACUUGCAGGUUUUGUUUAUGAUCUCAAUUCUGUUUUAACUUUUUUUAAUUUUCUUUGUGAUUUCAAUGAGCGAGGUCAGUUUUAAUUACCAGGUUGUUUUACUUAUCUCGCUUUGCUCGUCGUUUUAUGUUGAGUAAUGGUUUGACUGGAAAACAUUAUUUAAAUUAGAGCUCACAGUUUGUUUUGGGAUUAGCUAAGGAUUUUCCAGCGACUCUUGGCUACAUAAUAUUAAUUCAGAUUCUUCCUAAAUACCAACGCAUUUCUAAAAAUACAAUUUGCACUAUCCAUCCAUUUGUUGCUAAAUAUUUCAUUUUCUUGGAACACAUAAGAAUACAUUUAAAUUGAAGUCUGGCUUUAUAACUCAUCUGAAACGAUAAAUCUGAUAGUGUGGCAGAUAUGUUAUUAAUCCAAGGUAUAGUGCCUCUGUGAUGACUUGGCAGAUUUCACGACAAGGCCAUUCACAAGCCAAUCCUUUGAUUCUAUUUCUGUAUGUGUGAAUUAUGAUAACUUCCUCAACCCCUAUGUUAAAUUUAUGGUUGUUUCAAGAGGACCAAAUUGUAAAACAGAACUUUUUUAUGCCAGUUUUAUUGCAAUUCACUGAAAACGGAUAAUGGCUAGGCGCAGUAGAUUUAAGAAUAAUGGCUAGGCGCAGUAAACCCACUGUUAUACCAAAACUGGUUUUAAAACCAUUGUUAUCUUAAAGCCAGGAAAAAAUCUAACCUCAACAAAUUAUCCCCGGCAGAAGAAUACUCGUUUAGAGUUAUUCCGAUUCAAUUUCUGCAGUGCCAGUUUUCAAAUGUAUUUCAGCUAGAUGAUAUUCAGAGUUUCAUAAGAAAGGAUUCUUUUGGCAACGUGUAUAAACCUCUCUAAAAAAUUCUUUUUAUUGGUAAAAUUCGACAAUUCGAAAAUUCGCGUUUCGGAGUAAUAUUACAAUUAUAAAUGUAAUAAUGACUAGCUGGAACUGGACAUUAUACGCAUCUUAAUUUGCAUUGUUUAUAAGAUUCCGUCUGAGAAACCUACCCCAACGAUGAUUAGAAGCUUUCAAAAUAUUAGUUCUAAAAACAAAAAGAGAAAUCGAAACGGAUUAGUCACAAGUUUAAUUCUUAUAAAAAACGCGUUUAGUCCAACAAUUCAUGACGAAUCACGUGACCCUCAGGUUUCCUCUACCAUCGCGAAUUCACCGAUGCCAUCCGCUUCUGUCAUCAUUCGAAGGCCUCGUUUUGACAUUGUUUGGUCUGUCUCGUCUUCGCAAUGAGGCAGCUAGGCAAAAUCCAUUGAUUAGUGGGCAAAAUCACAAUGAAAAUGUAGAUACAUGCAAAAAUGCACAGAGAGAGCGAGACUCGAUUUUCCUUUUUUCAGUAAAGUUAGUUUUUCUGUAAUAUUCAACGGCAGUUUUUUUGUAAUGUUCCAGUAUCAAUAAAGGCAUGAUCAAAUAGGCAAAUUAUUUUGUUUGGUUUUAAGUGCCCUUUUGUGUCCCCAAACCAAUAUUUAGAACUGUUAUACCUAUGGCUUUUCAUUUUUACUCUUUGAAUCUUGGCUUGGUUUCUCUCAGCUAGAUUUUAAUUAGUCUUACUUUAAUUUCUUAUUUAUGCUCAAUAAGUACGCGGCAAUUAAUUAUUGAACAUGUGAUUGUUAAUGUCAUCUUCUUCAAGGAUUGAAUGCUGUCUAGUUUAGAGGUAUUUGUACGUAGAUUAAACCAUACUUGCCAGUGUUGUAUUUUCAUAGCGGAUUUUAAUUAUUAAACGUGAUUGUUAAUGUCAUCUUCUUCAAGGAUUGAAUGCUGUCUAGUUUAGAGGUAUUUGUACGUAGAUGGAACCAUACUUGCCAGUGUUGUAUUUUCAUAGCGGAUUGUGCGUUGUUAAACACCGACCAUAUUGUCUGGUCUUAAUAUCCAGUGGCUUAGUACUGCUCUCAUAAGAUCAUUAGCCUUUGCUUAAAAUCGAGACAAAAGUUGUAAUCCAGCUUAUCCGUCUCGCGUGUAUGUAUCACGUUUGAUUCUGAUAAGAACAAGGCACACUGAUCAGAUGUAUCGCAAAAGUCGAUCGCGCGUAUUCCAAUGGUUUUUUGUAUUUGGUAUAUGAGUUAGUUUAUACUGAGUGCUAUGGAUGAGGUGGAUGUGACUGUUCGGCCUGAAGUAGCUAUCAGCUCAGGUGAAAGCACAGGUGCUUUGGAGGCCGUCGCAUGCGCUAACUGCGAAAAUAUUUCGGAUACUGUCCUCGAUGAAUCUGCCUCAACUUCGACUUGCAAUGAAAAUGAAAAUUGCCCGUGCCUAAGGGGAGCGAGAACCAGUUGUGACAGGGAAAACUUUGAAAAUGCAAAAGUUGCCGACGAAGAAUUUCCGCAGGCUACAGAGGAACAUGUCCUGAAUGAAACAAUGUUAAGAGAUGAAAAUGCACCUGGUGCUGUUGAGGCUAAUGAGACCGUAUGUCUGCUUUCGACAUCUGGUUUUAAUGGAGACAUUAUUGAUAAUACGAGUGAAGAUCGGAGAGAUGUUUUGAAUACUGGUGAUUUGAAUAAUCAGUUGAGUAGUGCUAUGAAUUCUGAAUGUCAUUUAUUAGAGCAAGUUUCUCAAAAUCCUGAUCUGCUCGAGCGUGCUGAUUUGGCAGAAAGAUCGCCGUAUCAAGCACCAGCAGCAACUCCUCCGCAGCCUCCACCAGGUCCUCCACCUACCUCUGCUCCACCUGCCCCUGCCCCUCCUCCUGUCCCUGCCGCUCCUCCUGCCCCUCCAGCACCACCUGCACCACCACCUGCUCCAGGUUCUGGACCGCCACCACCGCCAGCUGGUCCACCCCCUUCGGUUGGUGGUCCACCUCCACCACCGGGUCCUCCUCCACCACCAGGGGGUGGCCCACCUCCACCACCACCUCCUCCAGCCAUCGGUGCACCUCCUCCACCACCUCCUCCACCUGUAGGGGGUAGUGGCGGAUCGUCAGCCGCAUCAAGUGGUGGCGGUGGUGGUCUUCUAGACGGAAUUGCCAAUGUACGACUGAAGAAGCGAAGUGAGGUUGAUACCCAGCCCAAAGCUGCACCGUCGGCUGGCGGUGGUGGUGGCGGCGGCGGUGGAAUGGACAUGAUGGCCCAGCUGCAGAUGAGGUUAAAAGCCAGGAAACAAAUGGAAAGUGGGGAAAGCCCCGGUGUUUCAAGUCACAACGGACCCUCGAAAAUUCCAACAUCAUCGCCAGCGCCGAAUAAGAAGUUCACGAGUGAGCCAGUUAAAAAGGCACCUGCUCCAUCAAACAGGCCAUCCGGGGCCCCAUCUUUAGCGGGAAGGCAAGAGUCAACUAACGAUGAUUCUGUUUCCUCCGACCAACUUAAAGCGCUCAAAGCAGAAAUAUUGGAAGCAUUCCGAAAUGAAUUAAGAGAGGCCAAAGAAGAAAUCUUGGAAGCCCUCAAGAACGAAAUCUCCAAGUUAUCCUGAUUCGUGAACUGGUAACCAAUAUCUGUUUAAUCGGAAGACAGAUCGAUAGUUAAACCAAAUUCGCUGAUUGACUUUUAUCCAAGUCGAAACAUUUUGGAUAGAUUUGUUGAAGGAAAAUUUUUGUACUGUGUAGAUAACGAUAAUCGGAGGAUUUUCUGUAUCGUUUUUUCAUAUUAAUUCUCCAUCAAGUUAAGUGCCAAGCUAUUUUCAUUCGAUAAUACAAGGUAAUUCAACUAUAUGUCUAAGCGUUUUGCACUAUGGGUUUUGAUUUAAAGAGGAACUAGAUCACUGUGUCAUGAAUUUAUGACCGUAAUGGAAGAAUAAGGACAGGUCUAGCUAGCUCAGUGUCAUUAGCAUUGUGACGGCCACCACCGUAGAGUUAGUUAUGAAAUAAGGGGGGGUUAUCACCAUGCAACAAGCAGCUUCUCGUCAGAUCUUCAGCAUGUGGAAUAAAGAAAAUGAAAUUUUCUACAUUAUUUCCAGAGCUGAUUUAAAUAUUUGUGUCUUUAAAUCACCCAGCUUGAUUUCAUCUGAGUUGGCGAAAGUAAUGAUAGGAAAUACAUCCAUGAAAUAAAAGUCCAUCGGCCUGUGCUUUUAAAGAAUGUAAUUCAGAAACAGAGAAAGGAAACUGAAACUACUUAUAUUGGUUUUUAUAACCAAAUAUAAUGAAGCAAACCCGAAUGUAUCAGAGAUCUGAGUGUGAAUGCAAUGAUCCGACUCGAGGAAUAUUUUAUGCCUGUUGUCGUCUGUGAAGAUAAUGACUGUGAAAUUUAUAUAAACUAUGGACAUAUAACUAUGGACAUAUAAUGCUUAGUUCUAGAAUCUUAUUGGUUUGCUCCUUAUUUCUGUACGUAAAUAUUUGUCUGUUUUAGAUUUCGUUUCAAUUUUAAUGCACGUAUUUAACUUUGUGUGAGCAGGCUCUGUUUCCGUGCACCUGAGCGUUUAGAUAAUGGUGAUUUUUAAUUCAAA